AUGGCUAGAGUUAAUCGGUUUGGCUUUUUAGCCAUUGCGAUGGCCUUCCAUCUGGUUUAUAUCUACUCAAUCUUUGAUAUUUAUUUUGUGAGUCCUAUCGUGUCUGGGAUGCGCGAAUUCGGUGUAGUGAGGCCAGAUGGAGUAGAAGCUCCAGCAAAGCGUUUGGUGCUUGUCGUAGGUGAUGGUCUACGAGCAGAUAAAGCUUUCCAAUCAUUUCCAGAACCAUACCCCGAAUCACAAGAAGAUCUCGUUCCGCGGCCUCUUGCGCCAUUCCUUCGCUCGCGAGUUCUCGGCCAUGGCACUUUUGGUGUCUCUCAUACUCGAGUUCCUACGGAGUCCCGUCCAGGACAUGUUGCGCUCAUCGCGGGCUUGUACGAAGAUGUCUCGGCAGUUACCACUGGGUGGAAACUCAAUCCUGUGAAUUUCGACAGUGUUUUCAAUAGGAGUAGACAUACUUGGUCAUGGGGAAGUCCAGAUAUCUUGCCGAUGUUUCAAUUGGGUGCUAUGCCAGGCCGUGUCGAUGCAUAUACAUAUUCUGCCGAGGAAGAGGAUUUUUCGAAAGCAGCCCUACAUUUGGAUAUCUGGGUGUUUGACAGAGUAAAGGCCCUUUUUGCAGAGGCUGCUACGAAUGCUACCCUAAAUGCCGCAUUGAGACAGGAUAAGAAUGUGUUUUUUCUACAUCUCCUUGGCCUGGAUACUACAGGCCACGGUUACAGGCCAUACUCGAAAGAAUAUCUAUAUAACCUCAAAAUUGUGGAUGAAGGCAUCAGGGAAAUAACAAAGAUUAUUGAGGAUUUUUAUGACGAUAAUAAGACUGCUUUUGUCUUCACAGCCGAUCAUGGAAUGAGCGAUUGGGGUAGUCAUGGUGAUGGACACCCAGACAACACACGCACUCCUUUAAUUGCUUGGGGAUCCGGCGUCGCGAAGCCAAUUGUACAGACCCAUGGGGUUGCACCAGGCCAUGAUGAGUUAUCCUCAGACUGGGGAAUGGACCACAUUAAUCGACACGAUGUUUCACAAGCAGAUGUUGCAGCUCUCAUGGCAUAUUUAGCUGGCCUUGACUUUCCAGUCAAUUCAGUUGGAGAGUUACCCUUGUCAUAUCUGGCAGCGGAUGUUCCCGAGAAAGCUGAAGCUUUUCUGGCCAACGCCAGAGGUAUUCUUGACAUGUAUCGAAUCAAAGAGGAGCACAAGAAAGCUACCGAGUUGAGAUAUCGACCAUUUGAAGGUCUCGGAGACGAGAACCACACGGCCGAGCAUCGAUUAAUUGAUAUCAGAAGUCUGAUCGACCGAGGUCAACAUGAAGAAGCAAUGCGAGAGACUGCAGAACUUGUAAGACUUGGCUUAGCCGGUCUUCGAUAUCUUCAAACGUAUGAUUGGCUUUUUCUGAGAGCCCUGAUUACAAUGGGAUACCUGGGGUGGAUUACAUUUGCCCUCACCACUGUUAUUGAUCUUCACGUUCUGCAUGGAAAUGCCAAGACUACCAGGACUUUGGCUGGCAGUCUUUUCUUCUCUUCCAUCCUUGUUGCUCUUUUCGCUUCCUUUAUUGUAUCGGAAUCACCUUUGACAUAUUAUGCGUAUGCGAUCUUCCCGGUGGCAUUUUGGGAGGAAGUGUAUGCUCGUCGGAAUGCUCUCGCAGAGGGUGGAAAAGCACUUUUUGGUCAUAUCAAGUCACCUCUCGCUUACGUAGGAUUACUCCUUAAGACUGUAAUUUUCUUAGGUCUCAUCGAAUCUCUUGCAUGGGGCUACACCCAUAGAGAGAUCUUCUCCGUUUUGUUCAUCGGUGCUACUUUCUGGCCGGUGUUUUACGGCUUGGGUUUUUUGAAGAAGAAUAAGGCAUUAAUCCUAACGUGGAUCGCGUCGUGUGUAGCAAUGAGCAGUUUCACAUUACUCCCAGCAAUGAAAAUUGAAGAUAUAGAUCUGAUUCUAUAUGGUGGUGCCUUGAUGGUUGCCGUAGGUGUGUUGUACCUUGCCUUUGAAAAAAAUUUGCUGGCAAAAUCCAAGAUGGCAGGAGACUCCAUCGCGCCAGCCGAUAAUCUUCUAUCCCGCUCACUCAUCGGAGCACAGAUUGGGCUGAUUGUCCUAUCCAUGAUUGUGACGAGAUCUACUGCGAUGUCCUUGCAAGCAAGAACUGGACUUCCUCGAGGCAACCAAAUAGUUGGUUGGUGCUUAAUAGUGGCGUCCCUGGUAAUGCCCUUUUUGCAUCGUCUACAGCCCAACAACCAUUAUCUACACAGAUUGAUGAUUAUAUUUCUGACAUUUGCACCAAUCUUCGUUAUCCUCACGAUCUCGUACGAAGGAUUAUUCUAUUUGGCAUUUUCUGCCACCCUUAUCACUUGGGUUCUCCUCGAGCACGGCAUCUAUAGCUACACUAAUAAAGCGUCAAUAGUCAAGACGAAUGGUGUCCCAGUACCAAAAUUUCCUGCGUCGUUAUCAUCGUCUCCGUUCCGCUCUCUCACAUUGACGGAUGCACGGAUAUCUCUAUUCUUCCUCAUACUUUUGCAGUCUGCAUUUUUCAGCACUGGAAAUAUGGCAUCCGUUUCAUCCUUCAGUCUGGACAGCGUGAAUCGUCUUAUUCCAGUCUUUGAUCCUUUUUCUCAAGGAGCUUUGUUAAUUGUGAAGCUCAUGAUUCCAUUUGCGUUAAUUUCAGCGAAUUUGGGGAUACUGAACAAGAGACUUGGCGUCGCGCCGUCAGCCUUAUUUAUGGUAGUAAUUGCAAUUAGCGAUUUCCUGACGCUGCACUUCUUCUGGGUGGUCAAGGACGAAGGAUCAUGGUUAGAAAUUGGAUCUACCAUUAGUCACUUUAUCAUUGCAAGCUUGCUUUGUCUAUUUGUGGCUAGUUUGGAGGGUGUCAGUGAGCUUUUUAUUGCGGGGGUAGAAGUUGAAGAUAAUUCGAGUCAGCUCGGCAAGGAACGGGAGCUUGGAGGAGUGGUGAUCAGGGAAGAGGAAAAGAAGGUUAAUGGGAAAAUCAAGGCUUCUUCUACGAAUGGGAGAAGUACUUAG